CAUGGUAUUUAGCGUGUCAUGUUCGCGUUACACUAACAGAUCUAAAUUCGGCUCCAAACACAGAUCACCACAAGUAGUGAUCUAGAAUCAGAACCAGCGCGCAUCCUUCCUAUCUAGCAUCUUUUGCAACACUAUAACGCCAACAACCACCAUGACAAUAUUCUCCUCCAAUACCGAUGAUCAACUCCAACGCGCCAUUAAGAUAACCUCUCCCGAGCAUCUCCAGCGCGUCCUAAGCCAAUUAUGCAUGACAAUUCCUGAGGCGAAGAACCUCAUAGCCUCCGAGCUCUUAGUACCAGAGGACAAAGUUCCUGUCCCUGCGCCAAGAAUAGAGCUCACAUUAGAAGACGACGAGGACGACGAUGACGGCGAUGGCGAUGAUGAGUCCAGCACCGAACCCCGAACCCCCACCCCUACAACAAGCAACAAACGAAAGCGAGAAGCGCCGUCCUCCAUCGCUGAUCACAUGAAUCCGCAGAAAGAGUUCAAGCCCCGUUACGUGACAUGCAUCGAAUGUGGAGAAGAAUACGAUGUACCUGAAAAUACAAGCACAAGCUGUCGCUAUCAUGAAGCCACUCAUGGCGAGCUCGACGUCGACUUCUUCGGGGAUCAGAUCGACUUCCAUAAUGUUGAUAGCGAAGAAAACCGCAAGAGAUACCCGCAAGGAUGCAUUCACGAAUGCUGUGAAGGCACUACCCUAGAGCCUUGUCAAAGGGACUUUCACCAAUCGGUAAAAGAGCCAGGCGUAGGCAGAGAAUACUUUUGAUUCCCAUCUGAUUCAAUUCAUCGUGCCCCGCAAAUAGCGCGUCGGCGUCGCGUCGGGCCGCGCCUACUCUCUCGGUGCGGAGCGAACUGAAAAGGUGGAAAUAUUAUAGCACAAAUACUUUUUUCACCACGUUAUUUUUCCCGAGCAUAGAAGAAAACGAAUAAGAGACGAACACUGAAGUCAUG